AUGUCCAGCAAUGGCGAGCGAGAUAUCGAAGGGCUGUCAUUCACUCUGCAAUACCCGCGCUCAAACGAUUAUCCUAAUAAGAUACGAGCGGCACUCAUAGCAAGCGAGGAUACGAGAAUACGCUUAUCGCUUGUUUGUUCCGAGCCGCAGAAUUCGAAACAGGCAGCGUUCGUCCUGUUGAAGCUGGAGAUAGAGCGCAUGCUUGGGUCGCUCUUGGAUGGGAAGGUGGAGGAGUUUAGCAAGUGUGUGGUGGAACACACGUCGUUGAAGGAGAAGAACGGGAGUGAUAAGCCAGGGGUCCUGCCGCCACCUUAUGCUUCUUGA